AUGGAAAGUCUGAUCAAUGCAAUUCCAACAGAAGUGUUGGAGGAUGUUGUGUGCUCCUUUUUGGAUGUAAAGUCUUUAUUCUCUCUAUUGAAAAUCAACCGAUCAUUGAGAAGUAUUCUCUUAUCUUCGUCAAGUGUUUGGGAAAAUUCUCUCCGAUCAAUGAUUAAGCAUCAGGAGGAUGAAUUUAAAUUAUCGGAGAAGGAGCUAAAUGUUGGACGAGUGAUGAGAAAAUUAUUUGAUGAAUUUUCAUUGCAAAUUAAAGAAUUUAAGGAGAAGGAUACUAUGAGUGGAAUUAUGAACUAUUUGCAAGAGGAAGAGUUUCGUAAAGUGUAUGACGAUCAUCAAGAGAAUGCCUAUUUUUUCUUGAUUUGCUUGUUUAAGGCUUUUUCAUUUGAUAGAUCGGGAUUUCCACUAUCAAUUCCUUCUUUUAUUAACAGUUAUGAGCAUGAAGCUCAUCAUUCGUGUGUUGAUUUUACUAAUAAUGACCAUUGUUUUCAUUCAUGUCAUAAAAAUUUGAAUGGUGAUUGGGAAACUUGUAUAGUUGGAAAAAAAUUGAUACAAGAAUUCAGAUAUUUCUGGGCUAUUCAUUUGACAAAUUAUCACAAUGAAGGUUCAAAUGCCUGGGGAAUUGUUAUUGGAAUUGAUGAUAAGGAGAAUCAAAGCAGAAAUUCAACCAGCUCUGCAAUCCAUUAUUAUAUCGGAAAGGAAACCUCUAAUGGAGUGGGAUAUUGCGUUCAUUCUCACUCUAAAUCUUAUAGGGGGCAGUGCGAAUACUCCAGGGCAAAUAAUAAUAAUCGAGAGGGAGAUGUUAUUGGUGUGGAAUUUUAUCAAAAAGGUCUGGAUGUGAAUAUGAAAUUCUAUACUUGUUUUGGAGAUAGCAUUGUAGAUUAUCAAUAUUCGUUGGCUAAGGAUGUUGUAGGUUUCCAACCUGCUGUUUCGAUUGUUUCAAGAAUGGUAGUCUCAAUAUUGCCAUGGGAUGGAUCAGUAGAAACAUUAAAAAAAUUAGCAUAA